GACUUUGCUGCGUGCAGUCGUACAGUGCGCUUCAGAUACAGAUAGUUUUUUACGAUCGCCACUUCGAGAUACACUUUUGCUUCGCGAGUGCGUUAAAACUAUUGAAUGGUUACGUUCGUUACUGUGUGAAUGUGUUCUACGAAUUCGAGUGUUAAUUAACUAUCUCAGUUAGCCGCUGCGAACUAUGCAAAGUGCCUGACUAAGUGCACAUACGAAUAAUAAUAUUUAUAAAUAAGAGAAAAAGACAAUGGCCACCUCCACAUUGACUGCAGCUGCGACUCCGUCCGCAGCAUCUGUGAAGAAUCCACAGCUGAAGCGCGUCGUCUACUCGAAGUAUAGGGAACUCUUGGGAUCGUACAACGAUAAAGCCAAUGCCAUCAUUGAGACUCUACCCGCCUAUAUGGUGCGAGAGGAUCGCGGAUUUCAACUGGAGCUGCCGAUGGCAGUGCAUUGCAAUGAUAAAAGCAGCGCAGAUAUAUAUGGUCAGCGUGGCGGAGGCGCCGUUGGAGGCGGGGGCUAUGAGGCGCCCGCCUGCGUGCAAAACGCAAUGAUGACAAAAGACAAGAAGCCCUUCACCUAUACGCCCGGAGGCAUAGAUCUCUCACAGAUCCGGUCGGAGCGCAUGGCCAAGCGUUUGGCGCGCAACGCACAAGCCGAGGGUGCUGGCACUGGAGCCGCUCAACAGAACAGACCUUCGCCACAGUCGCCGGGAGGCAAUGUGGCUAGCUCAAUGGGUGCCGCAGCCAUGGGCAUGCCCUUCCAGGUGCUGCCACCUCCACCACCGCCACAACCACAGUCGGGUAAGAAUGGUAAUCAUGCUGCUCCUACAGCAGCACCCCCACCGCCACCCCCACAACAAAGCACAUUAGCACCACCGGGUCGAGGCAGCGCACCCGGCUCGCCGGCCACGACACGCAAGUCGCCGACGCCACAGCGGUUUGAGCCGCCACCACUUGGAUUCAGACCGGAGAUUAAAAUUCCGAGCAAUCCGAUGGCGGCGUUGCGCAAAGUGCCGCCGCCCGUGGAGAAGAAUACCUUCUGGAAGGAUGAGUACUGCAAGGAGCGCUCCAAGAGCCCGUUGCCAGAGUCAACUCAGAAUCCCAAUGCUAAUGGGUACAACAGCAGCAACAACAACAACAACAAUAACAACAACAGCUAUGAUGCAGUUGAUGGUGAGCAGAGAGAGACGAUUAAGCCAACCAAUGGUGGCAGCAACAACUACAGCAAUGGCAAUGACAACAACAACAGCAUCAACAGCUACAGCCCAUACACACCAACGCAAGUGCAACAGCAACAGCCACAGCAACAGCAGCUGCACCAACAAUCACAGCAGCCACAAUCGCCCUCACCCAAAACACCGCCACUGCAACAACAGCAGCAGCAAUGGCAACCAACGCCACCGGCAACACCACCGCAACAGACGCGUCAGGAGUUCCGCAGUGUUCCCAUGCCAACGUCGCCAGCAGUUAAUGUUUAUACACGGCAAUCAGACUCUCCACGUUCGCCCUUCGAACAGCAACACCAACAGCAGCAGCAGGAGCGUGCCACCGAAAGUCCUUUCCGCUUUGCACAGAUGCAACAGCAGCUCCAGCAGCAGCAACAGCUGCAGCGUCCACCAGCAGCAGUGUCUCCUUUGGCGCAGCCACAACAGAAGCCCCGUCCACCCACUGCCGUGUCUCCUUUGACACAUCCACAGCAGUCACGUUCACCGACAGCAAUUUCUCCGUUGGCUCAGCAGCAACCACAGCAGCAGCAACAGCAACCGCAGGCUUCAUCUUCUGUGCCCUGGCGUACGCAACGCACUCCACAGCAACAGCAGCAACAACAGCACCCACAGCCCAUUUACAACAAUGUGCAACAGCAGCAGCAACAACCAUCACAACAGCAACGAUCUCGCGAUAUCUUUAGCCCAGCCAAAACAGAACAAAUACAACAGAGCUAUGACAAUCAGGAAUCGCAAUACCAAGGAGCUAAACCUACCAACGUUGGCUCGCUUUACAUUGCACCUUUGCAACAGCCUGUAGAACCACAGGCCCAACGUCUGUUGCUGCAGCAGCAACAACAAUCCGGUGCACGGGAUUCACCUAUGCGCCAAUUGCCACAGCAACAGCAGCAGCAACAACCACAGCAGAUUGGAGGUCAGCCACUGCGUUGGCUAAGCUCACAACCGCAGGCCAAGGAGCAGGCGCCUUGGGCACGUCCCGAGGAGAAUGGAAACGUGAUGCCCUCGUCCUUGCGCCAGCCAGCUCAGUCAGCUGGAGCAACGCAAGUGCAGCCUACUACUGGAUACUAUCAGCCACAGCCACAGCCACAGCCACAACAAGUGGUGCAAGGCAAUGGUUAUGGCACGUCAUCCUCUCCGGGACAGACGUCACAGCACAAUUUUGGCUCAAAUGCUCAACAGAGCGGUCUCCGUCUGCAGAUCAACACGAACAGCAUCAGCAACAAUGCGAGCCAGACUGGACCCAGGGAACGUAUUAUUCCAAUUACAUUGGAGCAGACGCCAACUUAUGCAGCUGCACAGCCCAAUUUUGGUGGUUACAACAACUACCCAGCAUCAGCAACUGCACAACAACAGUUCGUCUCCAACAACAACAACAACAAUAACAUCGUCAACAGCAACGGUAACAACAAUUCAACACGCAUCAUACCGAUUGCAAUUGAAGGAGGCCGUGGCGGACCUGUCUCCCAAUCACCCGUUAUCCUCCAGAACGAUCCACGCUCACCGCCCAUACAAUCGAAAUCGUUUAGAAUAUUGCAAAAGAUAACCGACACCGUGGACGACGGCAGCGGCAGCGAUGGCCGUCAAGACUCGCCACAGAGCACUCGCCAGACCCAAUUGGAUGUGGAACCGCCGCAGUUGCAGCGUCCACAGUUUGCUCGCCAGAUGAGUGCUCAGCAGGCACGCAAUAGUCCGACUAUUGAGCAAAUGAGGCGAUUGCAAAUCGCACAGGAUCAGCAAUCGGGUACGCCUACAGUUUGGUCCCCGCAAGGUAAUGGAGUAUCAACACAGAAUCGCUUUACACCACAGCGGUCUUUAUAUGAUUCAUCUCAACAACCACAACAACAACAAUUUAUACCAGCUAGUGAACAACAAGCACCGGAGCCGAAAAAAUACACCGGUAGCGCCAUACCCAGCCGAUCUUUCAAGAUCCUGCAGGCUAUGACAACCCCAGAAAAUGCCGAACAUAAAAUUCACACCGAGCUGGACUCGGAUUUGGAAAAUGUUGAAUUGAACGAAAACAAUAAUCACAAUAAUAAUAAUAAUUAUAACAAUCACAAUAAUAAUAUUACUUGUAAUAAUACUGGGAAUAAUGAGAAUAACAGUAAUAGUAACCAUAACCGAGAGAUUAACAAUAAAAUGAAUAAACGUCAUAGUUACACUUCAUCCACAUCCACACCCACCCCUACUCCACCUCCCAACUCAAACACAUCAAACACAUACUCAUCCAAUUCAUCCAUUAGUUCAGAUAGUUCUGCCCCAGCAAAGCCCCAACCAGAACGUUCUCAAUCGGUUCCCCCUCAUUACCCGUAUGCCUUCGGUUAUCCCUAUCCCUGGUACAUGCCACCACCACCUCCGCAAUCCGUCCCUGGACAGUCUGCAAAUAGGGAACCACCGCAAGUGUUAAAUUGGCCUUAUCCCUAUCCCUAUCCACCUCCAUUGCCUCCAUCCGGUGAUGCAAAGCAAGGGGACGUUUAUCCCCCCUAUGGGUAUUAUUAUCCUUAUUACUUACCCCCACCACCAGCCUAUGGUCAGUCUUGUCCCCCUGGCGAUGCCCAUCAACCACAAAACUAUCCGCCGUUUAUGCCGCCCUAUGGUCCCUAUGCUUAUCCGGUAGCGCCCAGCUUUAGUCAGAGCUCGACGGAGAGUCGUUCAAGCAGUGUAUUGCCAGACAUAAUCAUCACUCCAAGCACCGAUGAUGUGCCCUCUCAGGUCAUAAUGCAGCACCACAUCAAGGUAGAGCCACGUGAGCCACCCAAGCGGGCACACUCCGUAGAGAUUGAGGAGGUCAGCAGUCGGCCAAAGUCACGGAGUAUUUGCACCAACAAGGAGCAGGUUAUCGACAUGCUUAGUCAGCGUCUAGCUAACAUUAAUAAGAUUGCAGGUGGCAAUACUCAAGACAAUCUAUCCAAACAACUGCAGAAAAACUACGCCGGAGAAAUGGCUAAAGAGUUGGGAGCACGUUCACCUAGUGAAAAUGAUACCGAGGAUAGCAGCGAUGACGAUGAUGACGACUCAAACACACCCAAAUAUGGAGCUACUAACGCAGCACCAUCUCCACUGCAGGCUAUUAAGUCAGUGACCAAUGUGAAUAUAUUCAAAGGUUUAAGCAACAUCCCAGUACAGCAGUUGGAUUCUGAGAGUGAAGAUGACGAUGAAGAUGACGACGACGACGUAACAACAGCUGACGAAAUGUAUGACGAAGAAGAGCAAGUGGAAGAGGAGCAUGAGCAUCUCAUAGAAGAGAUUGAAGAUGAGUACGUCGUGGAGGAAGAUCUCAGCGUCAUAUAUGAGGAAGAAAGUGAGUUGGAACGGAGCAGCGAUUACGCCAAGACGGUCAUCAAGCGAAAUGACUCAAGCAUGAGCGAUGCUACCAUUGCUGAUCGUCAAGGUGACGAUGAGGAUAACUUGGACAAACUAAUAGAGGACAAUGACAACGGUGAGGAUGACGAUGAAUCAAAUUCGGUGACUGUUCGUCUACCAUUGCGUUUCUCCUUUAGUCGGAGUUCAAAUGAUGAGAACAUUGCCACCGUUCAGGUGGGCAGUACCACACAGAGCGAGGAAAAACGCCAAAGCAUAGACAACAAACGAAAUUCCUUCAGCGUUGCUAAAGUAGAGAGUGAAGAUGAGGAUGACGAUGAUUGUGAGGUUAGCGUUACCAUAAGUUUAUCAAACUCGUCGCGCUCCAAUUCAGUUGAUAAGUCAUGUCCACCCGUUGUUGAUAAGAUAACUGGCCGUAGGACAAGCAAUGAAGAUGUCACCACAUCAUUUUCACUUGGAAUGCGUAAUAAGUUCUCUACGGAUAUCCUGAAUGGCGAUGUGACAAAUAACAUCGUCAAAUCGGAACCAACAAUGGAAGUGGCUGAGGACGAGUCUCCAGCUGCUCCCAAAGAGGAAUUCGAUUUCUUUGCUACGCUCAUGGCUACCAAAAUGCAAGCACAGAAGAUGAUGGAACAAUCAAAGAACUACUGGAAAACACCAGAAACUAAGACUGUGGAACAGCCAAAGGAAGCAACUCAACAGACGGAUUGCCUGAAACUAAGAAAUAAAGAGCAAGAAUCAGAGGGUAAGCUAAGACCAAAAUCUGGCGAUCUUUCUAAGACUCAGGCCUCGUUGGAGGCGGCAAAAAAUAGCUUCUGGUCUACAUUUGCAACGGCAGCCAAGGAACCUGAACCGAUAGUGGAAUCAGAGCAGCAGGAAGAAGACAUUGAUUUCUGGGCCAGCAUCGAUGAAAGCAAAAAUGAUUCCCAAUGGACCAAAAAGAAAAAAACUGUUACGUACACUCCAUUAAAAAAGGAAACGGUGUCUACGAUAGAGCAUUGGACCACCACACUUAAAGCCAGAGUUGAGAUCCUACCGGAAGCGCAGUGCGGUACCCUCCAUUUUGUGGUGGAAGAAAAACCGAAAGUGGUCGAGGCAUCUGCUGACGAAGAGGAGGACUUUUGGGCAUCAGUGGAACAGGCAAAAUCAGAAGCGAAAAUAUUGAAAGUCACCGAGAAAGUCGCACAAGAUUCAGGAGCAAAUCAGGAUGAGCAGAAAACAAAGUCGGAUUUUUGGGACAAUCGGGCCGCAGAUGCGCCAAAUGAAGAAUUAGUUGAGGAAGCCAUACAACAAAUUGUUGAAGACGAGCAAAUAGAUUUCUGGUCCGACAUGGAGACAUGUCAACCAGAUAACCAACCCAACCACUUUGAGUUUGAUCCCACAAAAUAUCCUGAGGAGCCGCGAGAGGUAGAUACAGACGAGGAAAUUGAUUUUUGGGCUGAGAUUGAAGCAAAACGUGAACCAGACGAUGAUGACGUUACUUUUCACAAGUCAGCCACUUUCUGGGCACGCAAGGAACGCCAGAACUCUGUCGAAGAAGCUCCCUAUAAACCAAUGGAGACGAAAGCAUUCCGCGCCAAGUUGCCGGACGAACCAGCGAUCGAAAUUGAUGUAUGGGCCACAUUAGAGGCAGCUCGGGGUGAGGAGCCGGUGAUUGUUGAUCCAGUUGUUGAGGAGGAGCAUACACUGGCGGCUCAAUAUGAAGAAUUGGAGCACGAGAGCGAGGAAGAACUACCAAAGGAAACAUCAGUAGAAGAGACUGCUAAGGGUGAAGUGCCGGAGACGAACCUGCAUUUGGUUGAUACCAUGUCGCUAGCCUCUAUGCAUGAGCCAGCUACUGUGCACACCUGGACACCUUAUGCACCCAACAAUGAAGAGACCGCGGAGAUCAAUAAUGAACCUGACUUCUGGGCUGAUAUGGAAGAGGAGCGUACCAAGAAAGAGCAAAUAGAGGAAGCUGAACAGAAACGUCAAAACUAUCGCCAAGCGAUGGCGUUCUUCAAUACCUCCAUUGAUGAACAAAAGGUGGAGAAAAAAACUACUACGCAACAGUGUCCUCGCAACAGUGGUCUUCAAGAAAUAGAGGAGUUUGAGGAUGCCGAUAUAAAUAUUGAUUUGGGUCCUCCAGGAGUGUACGAGAUUGUUGGCGAAGAGAACGAUAUUGUGGACCAAAAUACCAUUGAAUCUGUUGAGGCCGCUGAAGAGGAACGAGGUGCUGUGACGCCCACAAACUUUGUGCCCCAAUUGCCUGAAGUUUAUGUAGAGCCAGAAUCAGAAGCAGAGCCCGAAAAGCUGAAGAAUCUUCUGCCUAAUGGACUGCCCGAUCUGGGUGUGGAGAAGUUCAAUGAAACUCCUAAAAUUUCAGUGCGCGAUCGCAUUAAUGUAUUCGAGAUAAGUCCUCCAAGUGGCGACAACAAGAACACGUCCAACAAAGUCCUAACAGUGCAGUCGUUGUCCGUGGACAGCGGUCGUGGCAAGGGACAGCUUUCCCGCAACAGCAGCACACAACGUUCGGAAUCAGAGAUCGAAGAGGACGAUUCUGGAGUGACAGACAUGAACCGACAACUGUCAGAGACGGAUACCGAAUCAGAGAGCUUCCCAGAACUCCGCAAGAUGACGAGCUAUCAGCGCGCCGCCACACAUUCCAGGCUCUUCAAGCUGCUGCAGGAUGAAAAUGAUCUUCCCGAGGGUGCACAAACUGGGCAGGUGGAUGAGUUCCAGUUUAAGCCGAGCAGGCGCAAGAUUGUUCACAAUGUCUCUAUUACACGUCGGCAGAACCCGAGUGCUGUGACUGAGGCUGAAACAAUGACUGAGAGACGCGAACGUCUCUCGCUGCCGCUCCGCAAGAAUACCAGCAUUGAUGCGGACAAUCCAUCCACACCGAAUAGUCCCGCUUCGCCCAUUGUGGGACCAUCGGUCAGCAAGCAGCGUGUUGUCAGCGAUAAGCUGGUAAAUGAACUGGUUCAGAGUCUGCUUCUCAAGAGCGACAGCACACAUCUACGCAAUCUGCCCAUGGAACGUUUGCAGGCAGCAGCCAAACGUGCUCUUGUCGAAGAAAUGGACUCGGUAGAGAAUAGCUCGCUUGACAGCACGCCAGCGAUCACACCCAAACAGGAUAAUGAAUAUUCUGACUAUUACAGCAGCUGGACCGAUGCCAGUGGCGGCGAGGAGAUUGUGCCCUCAAAGGCUUUCCGUGCUCUGCAGGAUCCCCGUCGCAGUCCAUGGACAGUUCGCUGUCCGCGUGUGCUUAGCUCCAAAACUAUCAAUCGCGAUCUAGCGCGUGUCACAGAAUCACCGGAGAUUUUGAGUAGUCGGGGCAGUAAAAGUCCCGAAUGCUUUAGGCAACAGUCUAGGGAAAGAUCUACUAGCAGCUGGCGCAAGGUGUAGAUGCUAUACAAGUCCAAGGUUUAGCUCAUAGGGGCGGGGAUCAUACAAUCAUAUUUUAGAUUUUAGUACACUUGCAUUUGGGUCUUGCUCUUUGUGCAGGCCAACAGCAACAAGCACUGCCCUUGGUGGUAACAGGGAGCCAGUAAUUGCAUUUCUCAUCACAUCACAUUGUACAAUAUGACAAAAACUCAAACUAUUAAUUAACUAAAUAUCUAAUGAAUAAUGUAAAUAAAACUGAAGUCAAUCAAAUCAACUGAAAACAAAGAAAAAUCGUUCAUUCGUUCGUUCGUUCCGUUUGUUACCUCAGCAGUCACAAUUUUAAAAUUCAACAUACACAUAUAUUUAUUUUUCUUUAUAUAUAUUCUUAUAUAUAUAUAUAAACAUAUUAAAAUAAAAACAAAAUAAUUCCUACCAAAACAAACCAAUAACCGAAGAAAAAUUAAAAAAUCAAACAAAACCCAAAAAGAGUUAUCAAAUCGCCACAAUAAAAAUCAGUUUCAUCAACUCAAUGAUUUUGUAGAACUCGUUCAAAAUCCUAAGGACCUGGACAAUCGGAUCUAUAAUUAUUUCUCAACGCCAUAGAAAUCAAUUAUAGCUGACGGACUACUGGAAUCGUGUGUAUGUCUUAGUUUAAGCACCAGGAAACUUAGGAUUACCAUAAUCAAAUAAUUUGGGAACGGGCCCUGCAAUAACAGUUUUUAGUGAAAUUUCUUAAAACUAACUUUAGCAUUGUAUCUGAUGAAAUGAUGAGAAAAUCUUGUAUUUUCUCUAAUUGUUAAACGCGAUUUGAAAGCAGCACUAAAACCUCUAACACAAUUUUCGAAAACCAAUAGCGAGAGCGAAUCAUUACUAAUCCUAGCACUUAAACGUAUAAAAAAAUGAAAACAGUUACACGAGACAGUUAACAGACGAAAUAACAACAAUGAGGUAACAACGAAACGAAAACAACAAACGCAAUGACAAGUAAAUCGACCAAUCAUACAAAAAAUGUAUCCGGAUAAACGAAAAGCGCAUAUUACAACGAUUAAUAUUAUUAAUAAAUAUACAAAAACUGUUUAAGAAA